AUGAACAAAUUGAACUUCCAUAACAACAGAGUCAUGCAAGACCGCCGGAGCGUGUGUAUUUUCCUUCCUAAUGAUGAAUCUCUGAACAUCAUCAUAAAUGUCAAAAUUCUGUGUCACCAGUUACUGGUCCAGGUGUGUGACCUACUCAGGCUAAAGGACUGUCACCUCUUUGGACUCAGUGUUAUACAAAAUAAUGAACACGUAUAUAUGGAGUUGUCACAAAAGCUUUAUAAGUAUUGUCCAAAAGAAUGGAAGAAAGAAGCCAGCAAGGGAAUUGAUCAGUUUGGACCUCCUAUGAUCAUCCACUUCCGUGUGCAGUAUUAUGUGGAAAAUGGCCGAUUGAUCAGUGACAGAGCAGCAAGAUACUAUUAUUACUGGCACCUGAGAAAACAAGUUCUUCAUUCGCAGUGUGUGCUCCGAGAGGAGGCCUACUUCCUGCUGGCAGCCUUUGCACUGCAGGCUGAUCUUGGGAACUUCAAAAGGAAUAAGCACUAUGGAAAAUACUUCGAGCCUGAGGCUUACUUCCCAUCUUGGGUUGUUUCCAAGAGAGGGAAGGACUACAUCCUGAAGCACAUUCCAAACAUGCACAAAGAUCAGUUUGCACUGACAGCUUCUGAGGCUCAUCUUAAAUAUAUCAAAGAGGCUGUCCGACUGGAUGACGUCGCUGUUCACUACUACAGAUUGUAUAAGGAUAAAAGGGAAAUUGAAGCUUCUCUGACCCUUGGAUUGACCAUGCGGGGAAUACAGAUUUUUCAGAAUUUAGACGAAGAGAAACAAUUACUUUAUGAUUUCCCUUGGACCAAUGUUGGAAAGUUGGUGUUUGUGGGUAAGAAGUUUGAGAUUCUCCCAGAUGGCUUGCCUUCUGCCAGGAAGCUCAUCUACUACACAGGGUGCCCCAUGCGUUCCAGACAUCUUCUGCAGCUCCUGAGCAACAGCCAUCGCCUCUACAUGAACCUGCAGCCCGUUCUGCGCCACAUCCGGAAGCUGGAGGAAAAUGAAGAGAAGAAGCAGUACCGGGAGUCUUACAUCAGCGACAACCUGGACCUCGACAUGGACCAGCUGGAGAAGCGGUCGCGGGCCAGUGGGAGCAGCGCCGGCAGCAUGAAGCACAAGCGCCUGUCCCGUCACUCGACCGCCAGCCACAGCAGCUCCCACACCUCGGGCAUCGAGGCCGACACCAAGGCCAGGGAUGCGGGCCCCGAGGAUGCCUACCCCGGCAGUGCCGUCCACCGCAAGCUGAAAACCUGCAGCUCCAUGACCAGCCACGGCAGCUCCCACACCUCUGGGGUGGAGAGUGGCGGCAAGGACCGGCUGGAGGAGGAUUCGCAGGACGACGAAAUAGAGAUGUUGGUUGAUGACCCCAGAGACCUGGAGCCAAUGAAUGAAGAGUCCUUGGAAGUCAGCCCAGACAUGUGCAUCUACAUCACAGAGGACAUGCUCCUGUCACGGAAGCUGAACGGACACUCCGGAUUGAUUGUGAAAGAAAUCGGUUCUUCCACCUCCAGCUCCUCAGAGACGGUAGUCAAACUGCGUGGCCAGAGCACCGAUUCUCUUCCACAGACUAUAUGUCGAAAACCAAAGACCUCCACCGAUCGACAUAGCUUGAGCCUCGAUGACAUCAGACUGUACCAGAAGGACUUCUUGCGCAUUGCAGGACUGUGUCAGGACACUGCUCAGAGUUACACCUUUGGGUGUGGCCAUGAACUGGAUGAGGAAGGCCUCUACUGCAGCAGCUGCUUGGCUCAGCAGUGUGUCAACAUCCAAGAUGCUUUUCCAGUCAAAAGAACCAGCAAAUACUUCUCUCUGGAUCUCACCCACGAUGAAGUUCCAGAGUUUGUUGUUUAA